GUUCAGGGAGCGGGUGGAGCGUCGGCACAGAGCGAGACGACGAGCACGGUAGCCUGCGACGCCAUCGUGACAACCUACUUCGACCCGGACCGCGCGUACGUGGCGCGCAGCCUCGCGAGCGGCGACGUAUCUGAGCACUUUGCGGGCUCCGGCUACGAGGACGACGUGUACCUGGUGACGGGGCUCAAGGUGGCCGAGAAGCUGCGGUACAGCUCGUCGACGUCGGCGCAGCGCGCCGCGAGGGCCGAGGUCGCCGCGCGCGAGCCG